AUGAAUAAAUGUGUAAUAUACACAUACAUAAUAAUAUUAAUACUAAUUGGAUAUUCUAGAUGUUCAGAUAAACAUACAGAUCAAUAUCUUGAUGGACAACUAGAUGAUGAAGAUGAUAAUUUUGACGUGAGAGUAAAAGAACUGGAAAAUUUACUAGAUGAAGAAGAUAAUUAUGAUUUAAUAGAAGCUAAUAUAGAAUCAAUAAUUGAAGAUGAUGAUAUAUCAUCAGGUGCUGUUGAUAUUGAAACAGGAUUUCAGCAUCCUCCUCAUCAGACAUAUCAACCUCAACAACCACAACAACCUGGUUAUCCAGAACCACCCCCUCAAGGACCCCCUCUACCACAACAAUAUCCAGGAUAUCAACCACAACCUACUCCUAUACAAGCAACACCACCUAGUCAAGGACCUACUCAGCCUGUACAACAUCCUCGACCACCAUAUCAACCUCAGCCACCUCAACCUCCUGCACAACCUCUACCUAUAGCAACACCUAUUCAACAUCAACCACAGUAUCAUUCAGGUUAUCAAUUUAUUCCUCACCCUCAACCAAUUCCACAACAACCUCAACCUCAGUAUCGACCACCUCAACAGCAUUAUAUACCACAACAUGCCCCUAUAUCUGUACAACCAUCAAUACAAAUACCACAACCUGGAUAUUACGGAGCUCCUAUACGUGUUCCUAUAUUUCAUGGAAUUAGACAUCCAACACAACAAAUUAUUCAUCCACAGAUAAUUACACCUUAUCAAACAUAUAUACCUCAGACUAUACCAAUACCUGUAGGUCAAAUUGUUUCUUCAAUUCCUAGAACAAUUCCUCCAUAUCAAUAUCCAACAAAUAUAUUAUUACCUACUUUGCCUAUUGUUACUACUAUUCCAUACGCACCAAUUAGAUUGAUGACUCAGCAACCUAUUGUCGAUCAUCCCUUAACAGUUGAUAAUAAAAUUGAUGAAUCAAUUAAAGAACCUAGUGUUGAAGAAGAACCAUCUAAAAGACCUAAAAUUUUUAAAACAAUAACUCUCAUGAAGAAAGAUGAAAAAGGUGACUUAGUUCCAAUGACUGAUGAAGAUUUUAGAAUUUUGUGGUCUGAUGCACAAAUAACAAAAUAUUUAUUGAAAUCUGAACUUGAACAAAUAAAUUGUGAUGGUGAAUGUAUUUGGAAACAUGGAAAUGCAAAAUAUCACGCUAAAAAAAUAACACAUAACAAGGUCCUUUCCAGUAUUGCUAUUCGUUAUAGAUAUUAUUUUAUUGUUCUUAGAGAUCUUGGUGGUUUAUGGCAACAGAUUAAAAGAAGAAUCCCAAAUAAAACAGUAUUUUAUACACAUGAUGAUCAAAACAAACUUGUUGAAUUGUCUGAUUGCAAUUAUAAUAUUGAUGUUUCUUCAUCAGGAGCAAUUAAAUAUAUUUUAAUGGCAUGUUCAAAAUGUGUCAGAGUUGAUUGUAGAGGUGAAACAAUCUGGGAAAAAGAUCCUAAGGAUACUUAUCCUCAAGUAAUAUGUAUUGAUGAAGAGAUUAAUAUUAUUGUUUAUUUUGAUGGUUAUUUACGGGUGUAUGUAAAGAAAGAUGGUGUGUACGUUCCAAUGUAUACUAAAAAAAAUAUAAGAGGUCAAAUGAAUUAA